AGUUGGUCCCAUCCAGACUGAAUGGAGUUCUCUUCUUACAUGGUUGCAAUGCAGAUUACUUUUUAGAGACUUCAGCUGUAAAAAGCUUACCAUUAACACACUUCUGUUCAUCAAGCCCCAUCAAGCACCAAAUGUUUCCCUGAGAGUCUCUCGUCACUUCACUGAGUGGGCAUAAUGUUGACCCUGAUCUAAACCCAUCAGCAACCCAUCCCUACCUCCCCCCCCACUCCCUUUCCCACCUCCACCAUGACCAGUCUGAAGCGUUCUCAGACAGAGCGCUCGGUCGGGGGCUCAGUGCCAGCGUCUGAUGAGUUCUACACCCGCCGCCUGAGACUGCCCAAUGGAGGGGCCCCGCCCCCCCGCAGUGAGAGCGCCCACAUCUCCUCUUCCUCCACUACCGGCACCAACCCGGCCGUACCGAAAAUGGGGGUUCGGGCUCGUGUGGCUGAUUGGCCGCCAAGAAAAGACGGGGGAGGAGGCGGUGGUGGUGGGGGAGGAGGAGGAAGAGGAAGUAGUGGGAGCGGUAGUGGUAGUGGUAGUGGUGGCAGUGGCAGUGGCAGUGGAGAAAGAGGGGGAUCCGCAGUAACAGCCCACAGCCAUCUGUCAGCCAAGCUGGGCCACCUGAUAAGCCCGCAGGACUCAUCCAUGCUGCGCAACAUCCACAACACCCUGAAGAACAAGAUGCACAGCAAGGGGAAGGACAACCGCUUCCUGUCACCGGAUGGAUACCUGGGGUCUCCUCGCAAAGGCAUGAGGCGCAUCCGUCAGCGCAGUAACAGCGACAUCACCAUCAGCGAGCUGGAUGUGGACGGCAACGAGGGCUGGUCCUUCUCCGGGUGGACCCCCAUGCACCGAGAGUAUGGCAGCACUUCGUCUAUAGAUAAACACGGGGUGUCAGGGGAGAGCUUCUUUGACAUGCUCAAGGGAUACCAGUCCUUCGAGGCCCCUGAUCAGAGAAGCCCAGCCCCAGAGAAGCUAUCAGAGCUGCUUACCGUGGCCCCAACGAAACAGGCGGUCCUGGACCUGCCUGAUGGUGCUUUAAGUUCAGCAAGAGGCAGUCCUGCCAGUCGGUUGAAGGAGCGAGAGAAGCACUUAAAGAGGAGGUCAAAGUCGGAGACAGGUGGAGAAUCAAUAUUCCGUAAACUGCGCAGCGUGAAGGUGGAGGGGGACUCGUCUCGGGCUGGAUCAGAUGCUGAAGAUGGGGGCAAAGCAGAUGAGAGCAGCCCACCUCCCAAACCUUGGGCGUGCCAAAAAGGCUUUGCCCAUUUUGAUAUCCAGUCUUUACUUUUUGACCUCAAUGAGGCAAUCCACAGCAGGCAGUCUGGGUCCAAGCGUAAGAACACUACUACCGGUGCCUCGGCUGCUGCUGCUGCCUCCGCUUCAGCCACAUCCUCCCUCUCGUCCAAUCAGAGCGGAAUAUAUGGUUCACCAUGUGGCUCACAAGAGGAGCUGAGCAAGGAGGGGGCCGGAGGACACGGCACCAACCCUGCCUUGGACCCCGGGGACGACAAGACCAAUGACCUGGUGCUCAGCUGCCCUUGUUUCAGAAAUGAGAUUGGUGGAGAGGGAGAGAGGAACAUCUCUUCUGCUAAACAGCCGGGCAGCAUAGGUAGUGGUGAGACCUCGAGCAGUUCUUCAGUCAGUACAGAGGAAGGACCCUUGGAUGCCACCCUAACUACUCACUUUACCAACGCUGGUGUGGCUGUGUUGGAGGCUGGCAAGGACGGGCCAGGCCAACAUGCUGACAGGUCCAAACGUUACAUCGUGGAACAUGUUGACCUCGGCACCUAUUACUACCGAAAGUUCUUCUACCUCAGAGAACACUGGAACUAUCUGGGGGUGGAUGAGAACCUGGGCCCGGUCGCAGUGAGUCUGAGGAGGGAGAAGUUGGACGAACACAAGGACCACGGCCAGCAAUACAACUACAGGGUCAUCUUCAGAAUGAGCGAGCUGAAUACCCUGAGGGGCUCCAUCCUGGAAGAUGCAGUACCCUCCACGUCCAAACACGGUCUGGGCCGGGGUCUGCCCCUCAAAGAGGUGCUGGAGUACCUGGUGCCCGAGCUCAACGUCCACUGCCUGCGCCUCGCUCUCAACACGCCCAAAGUCACGGAGCAGCUGAUGAAGCUGGACGAGCAGGGGUUGAGUUUCCAGCGGAAAGUGGGGCUGAUGUACUGCAUGGCCGGCCAGAGCAGCGAGGAGGAAAUGUACAACAAUGAGUCAGCUGGUCCUGCGCUGGAGGAGUUCCUUCAUCUGCUGGGGGAGAGGGUCCGGCUCAAAGGCUUCAGCAAGUACCGGGCCCAGCUGGACGCCAAGA